AUGUCUUCUAAGCACCCACAGCCUACCCCCGACCAAUUUAUUGCCCUCUCCUGCGCCAACGUCGGCGUCGGCCCCGGAGGGACUACGUCCAUGCUAGCCCGGUGCUCCAUAGUAGACUACAAAGGCAACACAUUAAUUGAUUGCUAUGUUCUUCCCACUAUGCAAGUCUCAGACUACCGUACAGCCACCACAGGGAUCGAAGUUCACCAUCUUCAAUCUGGCAAAGCUAUGCCCUUCAGCACUGUCCAGAAAACGGUCGCUAAGUUCAUCAAGGGGAAGAUAAUUGUCGGCCAUUGCAUAUGGAAUGAUUUGUCUGUUCUCGGCAUACCACACCCAGCGGUAGCGACACGCGAUGUGUCCUUGUACAUACCAUUCCGAAACGCUCUUCGGUCCCCACACCAAGUCGUCGGCCUCCAAACAUUGUGUUGGCAUCUAAUGUGCCGGCGCUGCCAAGAUGGCCAACAGCACCCGCUCGAAAACGCUCGAGCAGCGCUAGACCUAUAUAGAUCGUACUCUGGUGAAUGGGAGGCUUCCAUUUCUAAAGGGGACUGGCCUUCCGCGCUGCCGCCGAGCACUUUUUCUCGCUGCUACCUCUAA